AAAGGACUGCAAUGGCAGCAGUGAUUAGGGGGCAUUAGCUGGGAGCUGGGAAUUCAAUCUGGGUCUCCCCUGUGGGUGGCAGGAACCUUGUUGCUUGAGCCAUCAGCAGUGCCUCCCAGGGUCUGCAUUAGCAGGAGGUGGGGUCAGGAGCCUGAGCCUGGAAUUGAACCCUGGUACUCUGUGACAUGGACACCCUACAUGCUGGGUCAGACCCCCACCCCCAGCAUGAGUUCCACCUGCAGAUGUUCAUCAGCCUUGUGUCCUCAGGCCCUGCUUCCACACUGGUGAAAGGAAUGAACCUAACAAUGCCUUCCAUUGGUAAAGCAGCUUUUAAAAUGUUUGCUUUUGCUAUCUCAUUCCGUCCUAAUAAUAACCCUGUGAGAAAAGCUGGGUGGUGUCGUUACUGUCCUUGUGCACAUGCAAAGAAACUGAUGCAUAAGGAGGUGACGUUGCCUGCUGUAGUCAAGGGCAAACCAGGGCCUGGACUACGUGUCUCUUUGCCGGGAAAACCUGACUGUAUCGCAUUGCAAGAUUGUUUUUCAUGAUCCAAUCCUGAACAAAAACAGAAAAGGGAGUCUGGUGUGAGGGUACUUCAUAAAGUUUAUGCAAUUAAAAGAUACGUUUAUGUUGAUGCAAAAUAAUUUCGAGAUCCAUGCAUACAAGGAAUCUUCAAAAAGUACAUAAAAAAAUGUGCUUUAUGAACUAGGCCUGGAUUUCAAAGUCCUUUUCGUACCCAAAUAAAUUUGUCUUACGAUUACAUUUUUCCCACAGAUAUUUUGAAGUACCCUGUAAUUUGAAUCUCUGUAUUCUGGGGGGACUGUGGUGGGCUGGCCUCCUUACCUGUAGGUUACUAGAUGGGCACUGAAUUUUCUGAUGAUCACAGGGUUAGAUGCUCAGGAAACAGGAGUGCCCCCUGGACUGUCUUUGGUGAGCAGGGCAGGUCAGAGAGUCCUGUGUGAACUGAGCAGUACAGAAGUCUUCAAUCAGCAGGUGGAGAGGUGGGAGAGUCUCCACAUGGCUAGCCUCAUACAGCCCAGUUGCCUUGCUGGGCCCAGCCUAUAAAGAGUCAAGCAUUUCUAGGACGGUUGCUUGCAUGGGCGUGACUGCUGGCUCUCGGAUGGGGCCUGUAAUUUACCUCUUGAGGUCUGUAAGUAAAGUUGGAGGUGAGAGUUUGACUCCAUUGAAUGUGUGAGCUGCAGCUUGGUUUUUUUCAUUUGGAGCUCUCUGCUUUGCAGUGCAUAGUUGUGCGGUCAGCUAGACCGCUCUGCCAGGGGACCUGCUCCUGGGCACUGGAAAAAGAAGACAAACCUGUAUUCUGUAGAAAGAGCCUAUUGUUCCCAGAGAGCCGUCACGGCCAACUUCUUGGACUCCUUUGGCUGACUCUGAAGAAGGAAUUGGAGUCAGAAUGCGAAUCACUAAGGCAGGUGUAGGGGCUCCUGGUUAAGUAAGACGCUUGUUGAGAGACCCGUGUCCCACAGUGGAGGUCCUGGGUUUGCUUCUUGGCUCUGGUUCCUGACUCCGCUUCCGUGAAUGCAGACCUUUGGAGGCAGCAGUGAUGGCACAAGUGGUUGGGUCUCUGCCACCCUGCGGGAGACCUGGAUUGAGUCCCCAGCUUUCGGAUCUGGUCCUGUCCCUCCCCCCUCCUCCUCCAGCCACUGUGGGCAUUUGAGAAGUAAACCUGCGAAUGGGAGCUCUCUCUGCUGUCUCUCAAGUAAAUAAAUAAAAGUUAAAGAAAAGAAUGCUAAUCACUGACUUGGGCAGACAUCAACAAUCAAACCUCAGGGAGCUCAUCGGAAAGUAAACAAAAGUACUCAGUUGCAGACUCUUGAAAACCAACUGUGUAAAAGAGGCUGCAGUUGGAAAAACCCGAGAGGAAAAAAAAAACUCCUCAUUCUCCGCCUUCAGUUGUCUUCAAAGUCAUCAAGAAAUCGUGAGUGUCGGCCCGUUUUCCAUUACCAGGGUUGUUGUGGCUCUUCAGAGCCGUCUCUGAGCCUGGUGCUGGACUGUGCCCGCGGGACCCCCCUGCCUGACUUGGCUGCAGACUGUAUUUAUUUCAGCUCUGCCCUGAUUUCGAUUGAUCCGGCGCAUGCCCUCACUUGUCCCCACUGCUUCCAAACAGCCGGCUGGCGUUGAGAUUCUGCCUUCCAGCAGGAGUGUUGUCUUCUCAGUGGAAGAAGUUUGGAAUUGGUGGAAGUCCCGUGGAGGCCCUGCUGGUGGGUCCUGGGCUAGUCUCAGCAGGAACGAAUUUCAUAUACACCUCCUGAGAGCCCUGUGCCGAGUUACGCUUCCUCGACUCCACUUCAUGUUCCAGUGCCUCGAGCGCUCAGGAUGGAGGAAGACUCGAUCCGCCUGCCAGCGCACCUGCACUUUCAAGACUGUUUUUCAAUCAAGGCCAAAAUAUUUCUUCACUUCACUUUUAUUUAAAGCACAGAAAACAACCAGGAGAUCUGAUGAGAAAAGGAGGAUUCUGAUGGCACCUAAUUGCUUGCAGCCGGUUUACUGGAGCAGGGAUGAUGUAGCCCAGUGGCUCAAGUGGGCUGAAAAUGAGUUUUCCUUAAGGCCAAUUGACAGCAACACGUUUGAAAUGAACGGCAAAGCUCUCCUGCUGCUGACCAAAGAGGACUUUCGCUAUCGAUCUCCUCAUUCAGGUGAUGUGCUCUAUGAACUCCUUCAGCAUAUCCUGAAGCAGAGGAAACCCCGGAUUCUUUUCUCACCAUUCUUCCACCCUGGGAACUCUAUCCACACGCAGCCAGAGGUCCUGCUGCACCAGAACCAUGAAGAAGAUAACUGUGUCCAGAGGACCCCCAGGCCGUCCGUGGAGAACGUGCACCACAACCCUCCCACCAUUGAACUGUUGCACCGCCCCAGGUCGCCCAUGACGACAAACCACCGGCCUUCUCCCGACCCCGAGCAGCGGCCCCUGCGGUCGCCCCUGGACAACAUGAUCCGCCGUCUCUCCCCGGCCGAGAGGGCCCAGGGGCCAAGGCUCCACCAGGAGAACAACCACCAGGAGUCCUACCCCUUGUCAGUGUCUCCCAUGGAGAAUAACCAUUGCCCACCGUCCUCCGAGUCCCACCAGAAGCCAUCCAGCCCCCGGCAGGAGAGCACACGGGUCAUCCAGCUGAUGCCCAGCCCCAUCAUGCACCCCUUGAUCCUGAACCCCCGGCACUCCGUGGAUUUCAAACAGUCCAGGCUCUCGGAGGACGGGCUGCAUAGGGAAGGGAAGCCCAUCAACCUCUCUCAUCGGGAAGACCUGGCUUACAUGAACCACAUCAUGGUCUCCGUGUCCCCUCCUGAGGAGCACGCCAUGCCCAUUGGGAGAAUAGCAGACUGUAGACUGCUGUGGGAUUACGUCUAUCAGUUGCUUUCUGACAGCCGGUACGAAAACUUCAUCCGAUGGGAGGACAAAGAAUCCAAAAUAUUCCGGAUAGUGGAUCCCAACGGACUGGCUCGACUUUGGGGAAACCAUAAGAACAGAACAAACAUGACCUAUGAGAAAAUGUCCAGAGCCCUGCGCCACUACUACAAACUAAACAUUAUCAGGAAGGAGCCCGGACAAAGGCUUUUGUUCAGGUUUAUGAAGACCCCGGAUGAAAUCAUGAGUGGCCGGACAGACCGGCUGGAACACCUUGAAUCCCAGGAGUUAGACGAACAAAUAUACCAAGAAGAUGAAUGCUGAGGGGACCCACGCCCCACCUCAGGGGCCAGCAUCCAGGAGGCCUUCGCCCAGGCAGCACUGCCGCAGGCCUGACGGAGCCGGCGAGCCGAGGAGCUGGAGAAGGGAGAGCCCCAGAAAUGGCAGGGAUGCUUCUCUUGCAGACCAAGAGGGACCCCACUGCACCUUAGACAAACCUCCCAGCAAAAGCGGGGCUGGGAUGCCAGCGGAGGGCCAGGGCCUGGGACUGUGUCGAGUUUCCUUCUCAUUUGCAACCUCCCCCUCUGUGAUUCCUCCCUGCCCCCUUCCACCUACUACCUGUUGUUAGUUUCAUGGUGUUUUGUUUUUGUUUUUUAACAACAUGCAGUUUGAUUUUUCAUCAUUCAUACUGGGGAAGACAUCGGAUGUUGUUUUCCUAUGGAAAUAUAUAUCUAUUAUAUAUGUAUAUCUUUUUUUUGCAAGUCUCUCAAAGUAUAGCAAGCCCAACUGGUCAGGAAAGAGAACACUUGCGCAAAGGUUUAGCUUCCUCUUUGUCCUGCCGUGUGGAUCAGGUGUGUUCCUGUUGCAGUUGGGUCUUGGUUGAGGGAAAAAAAAUGCUUUUAAAAAAUAUGACGUGAAAAGGAGGGCGCUCUCUCUUGCUCGCUUUCUCUCCUUCCAUGGCUUCCCUCUGUCCUCCCUCCCUGCCCACUGGUGAGUUUCAGACAGCUUAGAGUCUUGGGGGAUUGUUGGCACUAAAUGGAGUCAGGGGCCUGGGUGCUUGGUCACCAGCAACACAAAGUCAACCCUAUCCCGUGGCCUUUGGCCCCCAUCUGAUGGAAGCUGCUGGACUCUCCAAGAAGUGCUCACGUGGCAGCCAUCCCUGUGAGGGCUGUGAGAACCACGCAGCUCUGGCGAAAGAUGGGGGGAAGGCUGGCCAAGGUAUUUGCAAGGCCCUGGCUUACAAGUGCUGCAAAGUGGAAAACAGGAAAAAAAAAAAAAAAAAGAAAGAAAAAAGGCCCACGCCAACCUGGCGGCCCAGAAACUGGGCAAAAAAGGUUCUGCAGAAAGGAUUUGUUUUUCCAAAGUAGGCCAUUGAGGUGAGUGAGAGCGCAAGCGCCCCUCAGCCGCAUUCCAGAGGCCGACUUGUGGUCAGUGUCAUGCCCUCGCCUGAUGCUUUCUUCCCAGUGCCUCGAUUUGUUUAAAGUUUUCUGGUCUCCUCUGAACACAGAAAUGCGAGGAAGAUCCCGGAGCACGGUGUCUGUCACCAGUGUCUGCCCAGCGUGGGCCUCAUGGCAAGUCCGUGGGUGCAUUGCACUGUGCUCUGCCAUGACUGUGUACCAGCAAGGACCCAUCCAUGGCUCUCCUUCACCCCAGAUAUGCUCGAUAGAACCUUGGAAAUGAGGAUAGUACCACCUCUUAGUACUUGUGAUGAUAACAUAGUUUGCGAGCUCCGUUGUAGAUUUCUGUUCCUUUCCUGGGCCCUUCCAGUGUAGGUUCAGACAGGCGAUAUUGGGAGUCCUUUUUUCAGUCCAGAAGGUUAGACCUGCCUGACAAAGCACCCUGUCCUUGCUCCCCUCUGUUUUCUCCACUCAGCUGAGUGAGCAUCUCCCAGCUCCUGCGGGGUCCUCCUGUGCAGUUCCCAGGUGAGGCUACCGCAGCCCAGGCCUCUCCGCCAGCCAUCUGUGAGCGGAGUCGGUGCAUACAGUUGGAGGCACACAGGCAAGAGGAAUUCUCCCAAGGACUCCAGCCUGGAAGGCGAGUCCAUAGACUUUGGUUCAAAGACACUGGAAUUGAGGAGCUGCUCCAGGCUCUUCAGUCUUGUUCUGUCCACAGGGAGGCACACAGCGGUGGCCAGCCAGCUCCCACGGUCACAAGCUUCAGCCGUUCUGCCUUCCGGAGGCCAGGGGUCUCCCGUGUGAGGCUGGAGGGUCUCACGGGGAAGGUGUUGGUCUCAAGCUGCUUGAAUGGUGGUGGUACAAGUCAGCUGAACCCCAGCACACCUCGGGUGUCCUUGGGCAGGAGAGAGUGACACUCUUUUUUAGCCUCCAUAGUAACGGAUAAUCGGUCUAUCUCAAAUGAAGAGAUGAAGCCAAAUACUUGGUGUGUUGUGAAAGCCCUUGAGUUUAAGAGCUGGAAAGGAAGGGUGGAUUUUUUUGAGGUCCUUUGUGGGAAUAUGGAGAGAGCAGGGCACAGGGAGGCUCUGCUCUGAGAUUAGGUUGCCUGUUUCUGGCCACUCAGAUUAGGAUGUCUCUUUUUGGCCACCUGACCCCAGAAUGAAAAUCCUACCCACCCCCCCCGCCCUGGCCUCCUACUGUUUAAUUAUGGAAGGAAAUUCCUUUUGACCCAAGGAUUUCUGAAUUUAAAAUAAUGUCCUACGAGCACACACAAGACUUGGGAUGACACCAUGAGCCACUUUGAAGAAAAAGUGGAGAUGCUGAUCCCAGUGCAAUGAGAGUUGGCUAGACUAGCUAUGUUGGAGGUAACCCAAGGCAACCUUGCCCAGCCUACGGCAGCAUUGCCAAUACUUGGGGGCUGUUUGGAACCCUUGGAAACAUUGUCUUUUCACCGAUACCUUGCCCAUGUGAGAGUGUCACUUCAGCUGAAAUUUAAAUGAUGGUGACAGAACUCCCCGAAGUGAAUGACAAGCCACUACCAUGCCCACCUCUCACAGCCUAGGCUCCAACCCUGAAUACCUUUUGGAAACAUUCACUCCCUUUUUGUCAGAGGGAAACCUGAGUCUCAGGGAGGUCCUGUGACCUGCCCCAGGAGUGGACGGCACACUGCAGACAGAAUGAGCAUUGAGCCACACCUGGCCACACCCCCACCUGACCCACUGCCGCCCAGGAAACUAAGGAUGAAAGAUCUGGGAUGCUGUGCCCAGGCAUUCGGUGCUAGUCAGAAGCUGUGCGCUCGCUCUAGCCUGCCCCUCCUCUGAUAAGAAACCUGGAUUAAGGGGGUGAAAGGAGGAAGCCAGUGGGGGGUGUCGGGAUACAGUAAGCCCUGCCUGCCCGAAAACCACAGGAGACUAACCUGAUGCUCUUGGCCCUUCUGCGUCAACACUAAACAACGGCAAACUCCCCGACUCUUUCACACAUGCCAAGUGAACAUUCUUGAAGAUUUCUCUUUGUGACUGCAGCCACCUACAAACCAGAACGAAUCUAGAAUUUCUUUCCCUUUCCUUUUUUUUUUUUUUGUUUGUUUAGUUUCUAAUCUCUUAUUGUUUAUGAGGUGUGGGGUUUAUAAGGGACUGAAUCAAAUGAAUGUAACAAAAAAAAGAAAAAACAAAAAAAUGCCUUUUCUCAGGGCCAGUGAGUUGCAAAUAAUUUUUAAAGAAAAGCCUAUAAUUACAUCAUCUCAAUAAAUUUUUUAUAAAAAAUGAAA